UUGGGUGGCUCAGAUAUGCGUGAUGGAGUUGAGCGGGAAAAAAGAGAGCCCAAUGAGUUACCCAAUUCACCUUCUUCUUCAGGUGGGUUCCAUCAGCUAUCUUCAAAAUCCGCUAUGUGUAGCCAAAGCUCAUAAAGUGCUCGACAUGUUAAUGGCGUGCAAAAUUGGGAUAAUUCUUAUUUGUGUUCCGAACACAUGUUAUGUUGUUUGUCUUCUAGUGGUUGUGGUCUUGAGGACAUCGUAUGCCAUCGGUUCAGGCCAAGACACAUUGAUUUUUUGAAUGAGUUGCUCUAUUUUGCAGCUUCAAGCGUUCUGGGGACUUUCUUCUGGAAUUAGCUUCUAGCGGUUCGUAUGUCUCUGGCUGUUUUGGCUUGCUACGCUUAACUGACGGCUUUGUCAUUUAUUGUGGCAGGUCAGAAAACAGAAAACCCUUUGCUUUUACUUGGGCAGUAUAGUGAUGAUGAGGUGGAAGAAGAUGCUACUGCAGAUAGUUCUUUAGCCAAUAAAAAUGAGCAGGUUGAUGGAUUACUUGAGGAAGGACCCAAAGAUACAAAUAUCAAUUCAGGUGCAGACACCACUAUGCAGAUGGCUGACCUGCAGACAGGGGAGGAUCCUUCUUCACUUGAUUUUCAAGCUGAAGGAGAUAGUGGUUUUGUCACAGUGAAUAACUCAACAAUCUUGGAUGGACUAAACAAGCAGACAGUUGCUUCAGUUCAAACAUCUGGCAGCAUGUCUUUGGAGCUCCAUGCUCCCACAGGUGUUACUUCGCAGUGGAAGACGAUUUUGCAUGAGGAGAGCAAUCAGUAUUAUUACUGGAAUACAGAAACUGGGGAAACUUCGUGGGAAAUUCCUGCAGUUUUGACUCAAACUGCCAGUGCGUAUGGGACAUGCUACAAUGAGUCUGGACCCAUGGUUACAGAUGGGUCCACCUUGAUAUCUGGUGUUGAACCAAGCUAUUUGCUACCCGCACAAAAUAGUUUCACAGGAACUGACUGUUCGACGUUUUCAACUGUUGCUCUGGAUGAGAGAAACAAAAGUGAAGAUCUAUAUGUCAAAAGUUUAGGAACUGAUGGUCAACUUGAAUGUCGGAUAGAACCUAUUGUUAACAUCCAACCAUGUCAGGAGGACCUUGCAAGGACAGAAAAUGCAGAUCAUGUGCAUACUAAUUUUGAUAAAGAAGCGGUUACUGACCUCUCAUCUCGCUUGUUGAGUCAGAGCGAAGGCUUACUGGAGAAGCUGAGGUCUCUGAAGAGGUCCCAUGGAAACUUUCACAGCAAUGAGCAGAUAUCAAAGUACAUUCUAGAGGUUGAAGUCAGACAUUCUGAUGUUAAGGCGCUCAUAUUGGAAACCUCACCUUUACUUGCUUUUUGGCUUCACACUGAGAAACAACUUAAGCGUCUCGAAGACAGUAUUAAUGAUGAGAUUUACCAGCUCGCAAAAUCUGCAGUAAUGGAUGAAAUUGCAGAGACUAACAAAAGCCCUCCAAAAGAAAAGUUGGUAGCAGAUGCUAAUACAGAAAGUGAAUCUGAGGACAGUGGUAGAGAAGGAGUGUUAGCUCAAUCUGGAAAAUCUCUUCAUUUAGAUGAAUCAGCGGAUGUGAGCGGCAAUGGAUCUCCUAAACACUCCCGAAGUCAUCCAGCUGGGCAGUCUGAUAUUAUUCCUUCAACUGAGAAGGCUGGCUCUCCAGAUGUUGAAGAUAUUGACAUGGAUGUUGAUAUGGAGGUUGAAGAAUCAGUUCCAGUGUCUUCUGUUCAAGUGAUAGAUGCUUCUGAUGGUAAAAUGUUCAGAACAGAGCCAUCUAACCUUCAAACAGAUGUUCCACCUCCUCCAGGUGAGGAAUGGAUUCCGCCACCGCCGUCUGAGAGUGAAGAUGUUCCUCCACCGCCACCAGACAGUUAUGGUGAACCAAUUCCUCCACCACCUGAAAAUGGCGAUGUACCAUCCUUUCCCAGUGACUCUCUGGGAGUACCCUACACCGUACCUCAAUGUUAUAUGCAGCAAUCUACUGAUUAUGCUACACAAUACAACUUAUCCUAUCCAGGGCCCAAUUAUCAAUAUACUGCGAAUGCUGUUGCUCCAGAUUCUAACACUCAGUUCUAUGGCCAUGUUGACGGAUCGCAGGUUUCUUUUCCCCAGUCGACAUUUUACUAUGAAACUGUUCCUGGGACAAGUGAAGUUACUCCUGCAGCAGCCAAUGUCGGUGAAGCUUAUUACAAUUUGAAUGGUGUAGCUCCGCUGUUUCCUGUCAUUAGCUCCGUGCAGUCAUCAUUGCAUCACAAUGGAGUUGGUUCUGCUAAUUACAACAUCCCAAGCAAUUCUUCUACAGUUGUAGUGCCUAGUUUGAGAACAAGUGACUCUGCUGGGAUUGCAUCUUCGGGAACUGCUUCUCAAUCCACAGACGUUACAGGUGGAUCGUCUCUAUUAACAAGAGGUCAAACUAAAGUGAAACGGACUAAAAAGCGGACAGUAGCUGCUACAUCCACAUUGAGGUCAAAUAAAAAGGUUUCGAGUUUGGUUGACAAGUGGAAAGCUGCGAAAGAGGAGCUAAAUGAUAGUGAAGAAGAAGAAGAUGAUUACGGAAUCCUAGAUAGAAAAAGACAACGAGAAAUCGAAGAAUGGAAAUCCCGACAAAUUGCUAGUGGAGAGGCUAAAGACAACGCAAAUUUCCAACCACUCAUUGGUGACUGGCGUGAGAAAGUGAAACGGAAGAAAGAACGAGCCGAGAAGAAGUCUCAGAAGAAAGACGAAGAGAAGCAGCAAAAACCUGAUCUAAGCAAAAUCUCAGCAAAUCUCCCCUCUGGAUGGCAGGCGUACUGGGACGAAUCUACCAAAAAAGUGUACUAUGGGAAUACAAGCACAUCUCAAACCAGUUGGACACGACCCACUACCUGAAUCUCAAUUGCUUUCUCGACCCAAUUUUCACUAUUUGAUUCUGAGAUGCCUUUGUUUUAGAUUUUCCACUCUUUAUCUUUUAUGUAAAUUUUAUAACAGAGCUAGUGUUGUAUGUGCGAUAUGGUCGAUGCACCCUUCUUUCUAUUUGAAAAGAUCAUUUGUACUAUUUCCCAAUGCUAACGUAAUUAUAAUUUGUUCUCUUUUCAA